UCUUCUUAAUUGUGGAUGCUAGUUUACCAGCAAUACCAUGUCCGGCACCACCACCUUGUGACUGUAAUUGGAAUAGCAUUAACUGUGAUUCCAGAAAUCUGUCUGCGGUUCCUCAGUUUAACCUCUCAGGAAGCAUGCCAUGGAGGGUCGAUCUAAGUUCGAACAAUAUCACCUUUAUUCCAAGUAAAGCAUUCGCUAACAUUACUGGCUUAUACAAUCUCAACAUUACAAACAAUCAGAUAGCGGACAUGGACGAUGAUGCUCUCUUUGGUGCUGAAAACACGCUUGAAUUUCUGUUCAUGAGAGACAAUGAAAUGAAGAAGAUUCCAACUGCCUUGGGUAUGAUGAGGAAAGUGAGUUCUCUCUCCAUUGACGGAAACCCUGUACAAGAUUUCCAAGUCAGCGUUUUUCGAAAUGUGUCCUCUACGCUCCAGGACCUAGAGUUCGGCUCUCCUGGAACGUCGUUUUGGCCGAAUUCAAUACGAUAUCUAGCGAACUUAACGAGGCUAUCCGUGAAAGAACUAAAUGUUGAUUAUCUACCCCUGUCUGCAUUCGCUGGCCUAGAGAAGUCUCUAGAAUUUUUGGAAUUUGAGAGAUGUUCUAUCCGAAGCCUGCCGUUGACACUGAGCUCACUAGAUGCCCUUGAUGUGCUGUCUCUCACCAGUAACCCUAAUCUGAAACUUUCCGGAAUCCCGAGAGAAGCUUUCAGUGGUAUUGAAUCUCUUGUCCAGAUUUAUAUCACAAAUCAAAGCUUCGAUACAGUUCCUGACAUCUUUCACGAUUCACUGACGAUUCGUGACAUCGACAUAACGGGAACACCUAUUACCCAUUUUGAUGCCUCUUUGAUUCCUGAUGAAAAUAGCUUACGAACUGUUAGUCUUUCGGAUACGCUAUUACGCGAGGUUCCGCCUGCCAUUGUAAAAAUGAAAAAUUUACAAACUCUUAUAAUUCGUAACAGUAGCAUUACCUCCGUGUCCUUAUCAGACUUUGAAGGUUUAACUAAGAUCAAAUCUAUUGGUAUAAUGAACGCUCCGCUGACUUCUUUCUCUGAUGACGCUUUAAAAGACACACACAAUCUGAAGUUCCUGUUCCUUAGUAACACAAACCUGACGACAGUACCAAGGGCUAUCAAGGGACUCUCAAGGCUCCGUUAUAUCGACCUGGAAGGCAACAAACUCAUUUGUACAUGUGCUAGAUUGGGAUGGAUGAAACAUUGUGGAGGUAGCGACCACUUUAUACUCACAGGUGACUGUGCUAAUUUGCAGAAUGUUAGUUUAAGUACUUACUUUAGAGAGCAGGUGCCGAAAUGUCCAGAGGAAGGCAUUAUUCUAUAGGUCUUUACUG